AUGCUCAAAUAAUAAGAUCAAUAAUAAGAUGGAUUUGUUAGUUUUAUGUUAGAAAAGGAAGAUUCAUUUAUAUUGAAUCCUAGUGACAAUCUUCUUUAACAUACAAAUGAAGAUGACUAUUAUAAAUAAUUAAGUAGGUAAUUUUAUGGUCAGAAAAAUGAAGGUAUUGCUAUUUAAUCAUUUCCUUUAUUUAGAAGUCAAAAAAGCACCAAAGAUUGAUCCUUCUGUGCUAAAAUAUAAAAUUAUAUCGCGUACUUUUAAAACCAAUACAGAAAGAUAGAAACCUGCAAUUUCAGUUCCUACAGUCAGUGAAUAAUUGUAAUAGGUAUAAGUUUAUUGUAAUUAUCUUUUUUCCUAUUAUAGCAGAUCUAGAAACUCUUAUCGUCAAGUAAACCUAAAUAGUAAACUACUAUAUAAUCCACUAAAAGAAUAAGUAUACAUUCUACAUAAAAAAUAAAUAAAAUAAAAAAUUUGUAUAUAUCAGAAUAGCCAGCAAAAUUUAACAUUCCUAUCCCAAUUAAAAAAAAUAAUAUUUAUGAACCUCGAACUUAUAGAUUAAGAAUAGAAGAAUCGAUUGAUCAAUUUUACUAAAUAACAUAAAAUUCAUAUAGAAGUACAUUGAAUAGUAGUACAAAAAGUAUUGCAAAGUUAGAUAAAAAUACUGAUAAUUCUUAUCCAAUUAAAUUGUAAACAUAAUUAAGAGAAGAUAUCCCAAG